AUUUAAAUCAUUCAUUCACAAAAUCAAAACCAAAAACGCGUUGAAGACGACUUUUCAAGGCGGCUCUCUCUCUUUCGUUAUCCUUCGAUCUCUUCAUCGCCGGUAAGGCAAUUCGUAACCUCUGAUACCUUUCACGACGCAGCCACCGUCUAGUGUUUUCUUUCUCAUCGGUUAUUUUUCUCUUUGUUUUUCCCAAAUUGGAACUGUUCUUCAUUGAUUGUAUUGAAAAGAAAAAAAAAAACAGAAACAAGCUUUUAAUUGAUUUUAAUUUUAGUUUUUUGUUCCGAUUGUUGAUUGUGAUUGUGUGAAUUUCGUUGAUUCAAAUCCUUGAAAUUAGGGUUUGAAAAUUUGGGGGUUUUAGGGUUUUAGUGUUUCAGUUGGUAUUUUUCUCAAUUCUUUUGUGCUUGUUAAUCCCAUGGCGGCAGGGAGACAAAGUGUUUUAGGGAAGAGAGAUUCUUACAAUUACAAACAUGGUUCCGUUAAGGAAUUUGAUUACUAUAAGAAUGAUUCUGGAAAAGAGGAUAGAGAAGAAGGUGAGAUCCUUGUUGAUGGUGAUGAAAUUUUGCUACCUUUGGAGAAGAGAAGAAAAUUCUCUCCUGUUGUAUGGGAUCUGGCUGAGAAGAAGGGGAAGAACUCUUCCAAAGAUGGUGUCACAAAGUUAUACGUGGAAGAACAAAGUUCUGAAGGUGAUGAUGUUUUAAGUGGAUCUUCGAAGAAUUCGUCUUGUGUGGAUGAAGAAAGUGAUAUGCAGGGGUGGAACAUCACAAAGUCGAAGUGGGCUUGUGAUGAUGAUCUUUCACCGAUGGCAGAUGAUGGUAAAUACAAGCUCACAAAGUCAAAGUGGGCUUCUGAUGAAUUUUCGCCUAUCGGUGAUGAUGAUAAAUACAAGCAACGCAGAAGAAGCUCAAGUUCAGAAGUUGGUGGUAGUUCUGAUAGCACAAUUACUAGAUCCGAUGUUGAUGAAGAUGUUAGUGAUGAUUCACCAUCCGAUGCUUAUGAAAAUAGUGGUAUGAUGCAUGUGGAGAGAAGUUUUAACAUGUGUCAGAGUUGCAGAUCUGUGUCUGAGUUUGAAAUGAUUAAGAAGAUAAAUGAAGGAACUUACGGUGUUGUCUAUAAAGCUAAGGAUAAGAAGACUGGAGAAAUUGUAGCAUUGAAGAAGGUGAAGAUGGACAUGGAGAGGGAAGGCUUUCCAAUUUCAGCUUUGAGAGAAAUGAAUAUUCUCUUGUCCUUAGACCAUCCCUCUAUUGUUGAUGUUAAAGAAGUAGUCGUGGAUGAUAAUGACAACAAUGACGGUACUUAUAUGGUAAUGGAGCAUAUGCAGUAUGACCUUAAGCAGUUAUUGGAGUCUAAGUCGCAGCCUUUCAGUAUGGGUGAGAUAAAAUCCUUCAUGAAGCAACUUCUUGAAGGUGUCAAAUAUCUCCAUGAUAACUGGAUUCUCCACCGGGAUUUGAAGACAUCUAACAUUCUGUUGAAUAAAGAUGGGAAGUUGAAAAUAUGUGACUUUGGAAUGUCAAGGCAGUAUGGAAGCCCUCUGAAGCAAUAUACUUCUCUUGUAGUUACACUAUGGUACAGAGCACCUGAACUUUUGUUGGGCGCUAAGAAAUACUCCAAGGCAAUUGAUAUGUGGUCUCUAGGCUGUAUAAUGGCUGAAUUAAUUUCCAAGGAGCCACUUUUCAAGGGCAAAACUGAAGUUGAACAACUUGACAAGAUUUUUCGAACUCUUGGUACACCAGAUGAGAAAACAUGGCCAGGAUUAUCCAAAUUGCCUGGCUCUAAAGCAAAUUUUGUUAAGCAACGGUGUAGUAUGCUAAGGAUGAAGUUUCCAGCCGCAUCUUUCACUGGUUUGCCAGUUUUAUCUGAGUCGGGAUUUGACUUGUUGAAUAAACUUCUAGCUUAUGAUCCUGAUAAGAGGAUAUCUGCAGAAGCUGCUUUGCGACAUGAUUGGUUUCGUGAAGGUCCACUUCCGAGAUCUGAUUGCAAUCCAGUUUUUUCUUCAUGGUAGUGCUAGUUGCUCAGACAGGUACUUAUGCUAGAGCUGGAUUCAUGAAAAAUCAAGACCAAUGCCUGUGUUAACCUCACUUUUCCAACUUCUUUCCACAUUAAUGAUCAUAUACUAAGAAUGAUGUGAUUGUAAAACACAGUGAUCGGCUUCAUAGGUCUUUAUUUGUUAUAAUUUGGAAGCGGCACAUUGAUGUACAGUGAGCUGAGAAGGUACGGUUCCUGAUUUUUUAUUGUAUCAACAUUCCAAGUACCCUCUAUGCGGGGUAAAAUAUGUACACAUUCCAGGAUUAUAGUAAUAAAUGAGUUUUUCCUAUGGUAUGUUCUUAUUCUAUGGCAUCUGUUUCCAAUUUUCUUUCUGAUUGAGCCUUCCAAUUGGGGGCUUCCAAGUUUUGUGGCUACUUUCUGUCCUGCAUUUUUACUCCAGGAAAUGCUCUUGAACACUUUGGGCACGAUUGAUGUCUGAAUCAUUGAUAGCUGUUGUUGGACUUGCUAAAGAGUAAAUCCAUGUAGAGAAACAUCAUCUGCACCAUGGUUAACAGGUCAUGAUGUUAGUUUUUGAAUUUUAUAGUUUUGCCUGGAAAUAUAAUGAUAUAUCAUGCAAGAAAAAAUUGUUAAAUUAACUGGUGAUUGAAAAUGGAUUACAAGGAAGCAGUUGAAUGGUAUGAAGAAAUGUUGGAAGGGUUGCAAGAAGGAUGGCAAUGCUCCCUACUAAGCUUGGCGUGGCAUUAUUGCUCAAUUGUGCCUUUCCUUCAAUUGUGGGCUUCCUUACUUUUCUUAUAUGUAUAAUAUUUAUUUAUUUAGUUAUAUUCUUCAAUUCAAUUAUUAUGAAAGUGACCUUGAUGAUUACAUGGAAUCUGUUUCAACUGGGUUUAUCCCAUUGUUCUGAAUAGGCGAAGGAUAACCUAAACUGAAAAAAUUGAAGUAUCUACGUUAGAACCUUCUGGGUGAACUUCCUCCACCGAGUUGAGAAAUCAUACCAAUUUAAUCCAUUCA